AUGGUUGUGCCGGUGAGCGAACCCGUGGCGGCAGCGCACGAAGACCCUGAAAUAAUCGUAUAUCCGUCCCAGGGUGUACUUCAGACUGUCCCUAAAGUCAUCGUUAUUCCCGCUACUCAACUCCAAGUUAAACAAAGAUUACCCGAUGGAAAUGGCGCAAGACCUCAAACUACCAGUCCGUUACCUGUGAGAGUCAGUUCUACUAUAUCCAUCGUACCUUUAAACGGCACUGUGCAUCCAUCAUCCUCUUUUGUCUCCCCUACUGUGUCCUUGUCCACUUCUCUCUCUAUUAAAG